AUGGGAAUUAAUUCCCUUAUUGCUGUUUUUGACAAAAAUUCAAAAUCAAUUCAAGCAUUUAAUCCAAGGAUAAAAACUUGGCGAAAACUGCAGGACAUCAGUGAUGCAUUUGUUGGCAAAGGCUCCACCGCUGUUGUACUCGGUAACAGCAUAUGUGUUCUUGUGCUUGAUGGAACCAAUUAUCAACUGAACUAUACUGAUACCAAUGCUACAUGGGUUAAACUGGCAGAUCGGAGGACAACAAAGAAACGCGUGGCUGCUGUUGCAUUUGAAGGUUCAAUUUAUGCAUUUGAUAAUUCUGGCAACGAAAGUAAAGCAGUUGAGAAAUUUGAUCUAUCUGAUGGAACUUGGUCUCAUGUGACUGAUAAACCUGCGGGAGGGUAUUAUACAUCUGUGGUUGCUGCAGGAGGUUUCAUUUACUGUAUUGGAGGGUUCAAGGAAAAAAAUCUAUCAAAUGCAAUGAAAUUCAAUCCAUCAGAUUCAACAUGGACAACACUUCCUUCAAUGCCGACUGCAAGAUAUGGUGCAGCUGCAGUUGAACUUGAUGGGAAGAUUUAUGUCAUGGGUGGAAACAAUAAUGGCUUGAACGUUGUGGAAUGCUUUGAUACAGUUGCUGAAACAUGGACCCCUGUUGCCAGAUUAAACAAUUCAAGAUCAUAUUUCAAAGCCCUAGUUGUUGAAGGAAAGAUAUUUGCUGUUGGAGGGAAUAAUUCCAAGAACACAAUAGAAGAAUAUGACCCCGCUGUAAACUCCUGGAAUGUUGUUGAAACAAUGGAUGGGAUAGAAAUUAAGGUUUUCGCUUCCAUCGCUUUGACUGUUCCCUUCUAGACAAUAGUUGAAUAUCCAUCACAAAAGCGUUUUGACUCUGCUAUGAUUUAAAUAUAACUCAAACUAUAUUUGAUAUAUUUUACUGAUCAAAGGUUGGAUUAAAACUGAAUUUCGAAUAUAUCAAUAAUUUGAUUUGGUAUUGUAUAUAUAUAAGUUUAUUCAGCGAUACGCAAACAAUUCAAGUCAAUAUAUCAGUCAAUAUUAGAACCUGAGAGUACUUGAAUUCCAUUGUUGAGACUACAUAUAUCUA